UUGGUCCGGCGAUGACGGAAGUGACGUAAGACAAGCCCGGCACGGCGGCAGGUUUGAAUUCGCGCGGCGGCGGCAAUUUGGGGGGUCCCGGGCGUGACGUCACGGGGCGGUGACGUCAGGGACGGGGAGCAGUGGAGGGUGACGUAGGGGGUCCUGGGGGGCACACGGGUCCCCCCUGAACCCCCCCGGGCUCCUGGGUCUCCUCCAGCGCCCAGGACGCCUGGGUCCCCCCUGACCCCACUCCCCGGACGCCUGGGUCCCCCCGCGGUGGGCGGAGCCUCGCUAUGGCCCGCCCCAAGCCCACCGCCCCCCGGCGCCGCCCCGUCCCCGCGCCCCCCCCGCCACCAACCCCACGGACCCGCAGGCGCCGGCCGGGCCAGCGGGCGCUGCAGGAGAUCCGCAAGUACCAGAGCAGCACCCGCCUGCUGCUGCGCGCCGGGCCCUUCUCCCGCCUGGGUGUCCCCGUGGUGUCACCCCCAGCGUCCCUGUGUCACCAGGUGCGGGAGAUCUGUCUGGUCUUCACCCGGGGAGUUGACUAUCGGUGGCAGCGCGUGGCGCUGAUGGCCCUGCAGGAGGCGGCGGAGGCCUUCAUGGUGCGGCUGCUGGAGGACGCCUACCUGUGCACGCUGCACGCCCGCCGCGUCACCCUCUUCCCCAAGGACUUGCAGCUGGCCCGGCGCCUGCGGGGGCUGGAGGGGGGCGGCUUAUGAGAGAACCCCUGAGACCCCCUGCAUCGGAAUCCCCCCACCCUCUCAGGACUCCCAUUCUAUUGGGGAUCCCCCCACCUUAAUGGGAAACCUCUCACAAUGGGGAGACUCCACUCAGGGACCCCAUUUCUGAGAAUUGCCCGCCCUGGACCCACCCUGAGAUCCAUCACUAUGGGGGUCCCCUUGGGGACUCCCCCCAGACCAUCAUGUCAAUGGCAACUCCCCACCAGGAUCCCCACCCUGGGACCUCCUCCAGCAGACCCCACUCCAGGAUGUUGAUCCCCAUAAUGGAACCCCCACAAUGGGAAACACCCCAGUGUGGAACCCUCCCAGCCCUGUGUCCCCCCAAUAAAUAUUUGUUGACUCCC